AUGGCGAAGCGAACCAACCACCUCUGCACCAAUCCCAAUUCCGAUCCGAACCAACCACCCCAAGAUGACGAUUCCCUCAUAACCCAAGUCCUCCGACCCAAUGAGAAAGACUGGAACUUUGACCAACUCCACACCCUCCUCUUCCCCAACUCAACCUCUCCUUCUCCUCACUCCCUUUUCCUCAUCACUCGCCGCCUCGACGCUCCCUCCAAAGCCCUCAAAUUCUUCAAUUACGUCUCCGAAAACGUGGCCGGAACCCCUCGAGGAUCCAAGGCUUUGCUCUCCUCCGCAUUCCAGGCCCUUCUGGAGCUCACAUUGCGGGAGCCCACCUCGAAAAAGAAGCUCUUUGAGCUUUACAAGAUGGCCAAGGACCGGAAUGUCCCGCUGAAUCUCAAGGCCGCAGGUCUGAUUGUUCUGUCCAUGGGCGCGGCUGGGAUGGAGGACGAGGCUCUCACAGUGUUUAACGAGCUUCAUUUGGGGUUGAAAACUACUCAUAUUCGCAAUGUGGUGAUUGGGAUGUUACUGAAGAUUGGGCGAGUAGAUGAUGCACUGAAGGUGCUCGACGAAAUGCUUCACCCAGGGCCAGAAGCGAAGUUUCGGGUACCGGCGAUGUUGAAUAGGAAGGUUGGUAUUGCUUGGGAUGUUUUACAUGAUGUCAUGAAGAUGGGUGGUGCUGUAGAAGCUUCUUCGUGCAAUGCGCUUUUGACAGCUUUGGGAAGAGGUAAUGAUUUUAAGAGGAUGAGUGAGCUUAUGGCGAAGAUGGAAGAGAUGGGCAUUAAGCCCGAUGUUAUAACUUUUGGUAUUCUUAUUAAUCUGUUAUGCAAGUCUAGGAGAAUAGAUGCUACCUUGGAGGUUUUUGAAAAGAUGAGUGGAGGGGUAAAGGGGGUUUCCGCUGAACCAGAUGUGAUCGUCUAUAACACUCUGAUUGAUGGACUUUGCAAAGUGGGAAGGCAGGAAGAAGGAUUGCGUUUGUGGAUUCCGAUCUGCCUUUUUGUGAUAGAAAGGAGAGAUGAGUAG